CGUCGCGGGGCCCCAUAGGUAUAUACGCGUGCGCGUAUGCAUACGAUAUAGGUAUACAAACUCUGCGAGGCGUCAAGAAGAGGAAGCGGGGAGAAAGUAGCGGGCCCAGCGGCAGAAAUUAACGGGACUAGGGUAGCGGCGCGGCGAAUGCGAGAAAUCAGGUCAGCGGGUCAGUAGGCCUCUUCUCCGCUCACCGACUCACGCGCGCGACUCUCUCAAGAUUCGCUCUGUGCUGGGCCAGGGGCCGGCACUUGGAGGCUAGCCGCCGCAGCGUCGAGAGCGAGGCGUAUACACACAACACACAACACGACGACACAAGUUGCGACGAGUCUCGAAGCAUAACCACCUGCAGCCGUGAGCUCAGUAGCAGUAGUCGUCCAUCAGUGUGUGCCAGACGAGAGAGAGAGAGACCCCCGCCUGCACUGGCAAUGCCGCCGCUACGCCGGCUCAAGGGCCUGCUGCUCCUCGUCGCGACUUUCUUCCUGCUGGUCAGCGCUGCCGCCGCGGCCCCCGCCGACGAUGACCGCAGCAGCCACAACAACAAUAACAACUGCCUCUGCCAGACGUCCAGCUGCCUCUGCUGCGUCGAGCUCAAUCUCACCUCCUCGAUCGAUCUCGGCGGGCCGGCCUGCGUCAACGUCCGCCACCAGCACAACAACGUCUCGCUCAACCUGAGCUACGCCGACAAUCCGCUCCACAACGCGACGAUUGCACUCGAUGCGGCGGCACAUAAACCUACUUGCAUGAAUCUGCUCUCCGACCUGGCGCAGAUCUGUGCCAAGUUCGUCUCCAUGAAGCCAGUGCAGAGCCAGGGCAGGCCGACGCACAGCGGCUGCCUCGUCAUAGAGCCCGCUCUUUUGGGAGCAGCACAGGCGACUUAUCCGGUUGGCUGCUUCAACUUCGAUCGCGGCCAGGUUCGCCAGGACCAGAGCAUCGGUUUCCCAGAGGUGCUCGAGGCGGAGAAGCAGCAGGACAAGCCGCAGCAGCCCCAGCCGGAGCAGGAAGCGCAGGAAGAAGAGGAGGACGGCCUGAACGCCGAGGAGCUCAUAGCUGCGGUAUCGGCGAGCGCCGAACAGGGUAUAGCCCUCUUCUCCCAGUGGCUUGGAAUCAAUCUCGGACCGGCUUUCAAUCUGACCAAGAACAAUAACGCCGCUCCCGCCGCCGAUCAAUCGAAAGUCCCAAGUCAAUCGCACGCCCCCACCUCCAGCAGACACUCGCGCAAUAUGGCUUAUCUACUGAUCCCGAGCGAGGACAAAAACGAGGAACGGUUCAAGCAGCUCCUGAGCGCGCAGGAUAACAUCCUCAAGGAAUCGGCAACGAUCGGAGAACCGUCGACCGGCCAGUCGACCAACUUCUUCUACUCGCAACCGGACGCCGAAGAAAUAAACAUGCCCAAAGUAGAAACGACCGCGACCAUUUCUCCGGAAAAUUUAGCUGUUGUACCUUCCGAGUCGCGACGAGGCGGACGUGCUUACAAUAUUCAUCAGAACGAUUUUAACGAAGUAUAGGUGCGCGCUCCUUUAUUCUUCGAGCAUCGCUCUGAUUUCGAUAUUUAAAUUUCUCGCAUUAUUUAUUUAUUAUUGUUUGUGUAUUAGUAUUGUUUUUUGUUUUUAAGUACCAGUUGUGUACUCAUUAUUGUUGUAGUGGUAAUUCCUAGUAAAAAAGUUUACGCGAUAAUCGAGCCACUGCAAUAACUUUGUCCACGAAUGGUAAUUUAUCAAAAGUGGUUUUGCCGAUUUUUUUUAUAAAAUCAUAGUUUGAGUACAAACGGAAACAAACUUGAAACAUAUAUUUCAUUUUUUUUAACAUUAUGAAAGUGAUGAUACUCAUUAUCAAGUAUAUAAUAUUUAGGUAUUGCACAAGUCUGUGCCUUUGCAAUUUUGCACAUGGGAUUUAUUCAUUUCGGGCUGAUAAAGUUAAACUUUAGCGCCGCUGUAAUAAAAAACAUUAUCGAUGUAUGUAAAUGUUUUUGCUGUAACAACUUUUCAAAAUCGUCACAUUAAAUACCUAUUUCGAACACAA